GGGAGGAGGAGGAUCCUUCAUGAUGGAUCAAUCCAGAAACCCCAGCUAGCUAGACUUCUUGAAGUCUAGCUAGCCGUAGAGAGCUAGAACCAAGGUGGCAUUCCAACCACUGCGCUACAGAGCACAAUUCCACACACUCCUCGUUGCAAGUCGUAGCCUUCCAUUCAGUGCAAAUGGGUCUAGUGUUGGCAACACCUGCAGUGUUGGCCGCCGAUGCAGCAAUGGCUGGUGUAUUGGGCGGUCUUGUAGUUGCUGUCGGUGCUGCCUUGGUUGCCUUUGUAAGAAGAGAACCCCCGGAGAUGACGGAAGAGGUUCUUCUUGCGAUACAGAGGAUGAACGAGGAGCUACAGUCGGCCCGAGAUGAAUUUGACAGAGAGCUUCAGAGAACCCGGGAUGAAUUGGAGGCAACCACGAAGGAGCGCGACAAGGCAUAUCAAGAUCUGGAAGAUGCAAACAGCGAAAAGACUAGAGGAACGAAGGAAGCGAAAGCUGUUGAGGAGAAGUCAACUGGAGGUCAAUCAGAUUCUGGAACGAAGAAGAGUGAAGCUUCUCGUGCAGCUCUGCUUGAAAAGAGCUGGGGUCCUCGGCCAAGCCACCUUCCUGACGACGUUUUCAGCGUUGCAUUCACUGGGAGAACUGGUACUGGCAAGACAUCGCUAUGGAACGAAUAUGUGAAACUGUUCUUCCUUCAACUGGUCCCAACGCAAAAGCAAAACUCUUACAUCUCUUCGGUCCCCAGGGGAGAAGUUGGCAUUGUUGAGACUACGAAAGAUGCAAUCUCCUACACGUUCCCCGAGACUUACUUCGCGAUAGCUGAUAUCCCAGGACAUGGCACUUCCAGCUUCCCGACGUCAGCAUAUGUUCGAGAGCUUUCCAUUGGAUACUAUGAUAUGGUCCUUUAUGUCUAUGCUGAUCGCCUCAAUCGCACCGAUGUUGACUUGAUGCUGAACUACAUCAUGUAUCAGAUUCCCUUUCGCUUAGUCCGCCAGAAGUUUCAUAAAGACCUCGUUGGAUGUGCUGAGAACGAAUUCCGAGUUACCAAUGAGGUCACCGCCUUCAAUGAUCGAAGCAAGGAGAUGGCUGAGUACGUCCAGACCCGAGUCAAGAAUCAAGAAUUCAUUUCUAAGACGAAAAAGCGUCUUCAUGAGGAACUCAUAAAGAACUGGACCACGCUGCUUGAUGCGGCACCCGCUUCUGUUGUGCAACUGCGCAAAGCAGACUUCAUCAGCAAGAUGAAAGACGCUUCCAUUUUUUACUGCCUCGACUCGAAUCAUCCAGAAAAGUACGAUUCUGUGGCCCUACUCGGAGACAUCAAGGAAAGAAUGAUCGAAAGAGGUUCGAAGACCUCGUCCGUGAAAGAGCCCUAGUCGCUGCUGCAAGUCCUCAGAAGAAAAAUGUGAAGGCAUGCAAGUACCAGUGUUGGAGGCUAUCAAAUAAGUGUAGCAGGCUGGAAGUUUCGACGACAAGAACAUGUCAAUUGGGCUAGCCAGUGCAAAAUGAAC